AAUAAUUUUCAGCUCCCAAAGUCGAGACGGCAUCGCCAUGUCUAAGUAGCUGACAAAAGCUCGCAUCCUUGCUCGUCCUUUAAACCUCAAGGGUAUUGAGAAUGACUUCAGGAAAAGUGCAGACUGUUGUUGGUCUUAUUGAUCCUUCAAAGAUUGGACGUACUCUCCCCCAUGAACACCUGGUCAUGGAUUAUAAACGAUGUGUUGUAAAACCACAGAGAGAGAAAGACUUGGGCACAGUUAAUCUCAAUGAAAUAACUUUGCRUAAUCUGCACUGGAUUCAUCAAAACCCAUGCAGCCAUWCAUAUAGUCUUGGACUUGGUGAUGAGCCCCUUGAUGAGAUUAUUAGUGAAGCAGCAGAAUUUAAGAAAGAGGGAGGUUCAACUAUUGUGGAGAACACCUCUCAUGGAAUGCAAAGGAACAUUGAGUCACUGAAAAAGAUCUCUUUGGCAACUGGACUUAAUGUCAUAUCAGGGACAGGGUUUUACUUGGAUGAAACUGUGACAGAUGAGAUGAAGUCUCUUACAGUAGAGGAAAUGUUCAGUACAAUAGUCAAAGAGGUAACUGUUGGAGUAGAUAAUACUGGAAUUAAGUGUGGCAUAAUAGGGGAAGUUGGUUGCUCUUGGCCUGUUACUCAUUUUGAAAAGAAAUCCCUACAAGCAGCAGGAAUUGCACAAGGAGACACUGGUGCUCCGGUGAUGAUCCAUCCAGGCCGCAAUGAGAAGGCACCAUUUGAACACCUUCGUGUGUUACAAGAAGCAGGUGGACACAUUAGCAAGACGGUCAUUGCUCAUAUUGAUCGCACUAUUUUUGACCACAGCACUCUACUUGAUCUUGCAGCUACAGGCUGUUACAUUGAAUAUGACUUAUUUGGUGUCCAUCCCGUCCAGUAUUGCUUAAAUCCAGCCAUUGAUAUGCCAAGUGAUUGCCAACGUAUCAAUGAAAUCAAGUUUCUUAUUGAGGAAGGAUUUGAAGAACAAAUUUUGAUAUCUCAUGACAUUUAUGCCCGUCAUCAACUCCUCAAGUAUGGUGGUCAUGGAUACUCUCACAUUCAAGUGAAUAUCAUUCCUAAGAUGCUAAAAAGAGGAAUAUCACAAGAGGUUAUUGACAAAAUACAAAUAGMCAAUCCCAGAACAUGGCUGACAUUCAAGUGAAUUUGCUAAAUAUUUGAUAAUUUGAAUUUUACACACUAAUAAAUGCAGCAGAGCCAUAAUUGGCAAGGGCAGGCAGUGCACGCCAUGAACAGCCUGCUUGGACCACUUCUGCCAUUCAAUAUUUCCCCCUCAUUUGUGUAUCCUCUCGGUGACAAUUUUUGUUGAGAUACAUCUUAGAUUAUUUAUAUGGCAUUAAGGCACAUGCAAAAAUUGAUGAGUAAUGAYUUUAAUAAAUAAUUUCCAUUGAAAUGAUAAGCCAUUGUCAGGAAAUGGAUCACAUCUACCCUAAAUUGCAAAAUACAUGAGGGGUURUAUUUAGGGUACAGGUUAUCAUGAAAAAGGGUGUGGCAAUAAUAGUUUCAACCCUAAUAGAAACCAACUAAAAAUGUAUGUUGGCAUAAUUAAACACGAAUAAACAUUGAGCUGACUGACAUUA